UAGGUAGAGGGAAAAAGCGACUGGUGCAACCCCCGUUUACAAGUAUUGGUUGAUACAAAUAAAAGAUCACGACGAGGAUACGAACAACAGCAAAGCACUUCGUUAUUCAAGAAGAUGCACUUUGGUGGAGUGUUAAAUACAAUGGAUAAAAGAGAUUUUGCAACAUUACUGUUCAUCCUGAGCCUAUCAUUGGGAGCAGUUUCCAGGAGCGUAUGGAAAAGCGGAGUUUUGAAAAAGUCUAGAGACAAGCGGAUGAUUAAUGGAGAAAAAGCAGAUCUUCGAAACUGGCCUUUCAUUGCCUCUCUAAAGUACACGCAAAGUGCGAAUGUUUAUUGGAAAAUUUGUUCUGCCACUGCAAUAAGCAAAAGGUGGAUGGUAACUGUAGCACAUUGUGUUCGAGACAAAAAAGGCGGUGUUAUUCGUCCUAACGAUUUGAAAGUUGAAUUGCGCGACAAAACGGAUCCCUACAAAUCUUCUACCUUCAGCACAGAGAAGAUUUUAGUCCAUCCACGAAUAGGUGAUGCCAUAUCAAUACCACUGGACAGCGAAAUUGCCUUGAUCAAAUUAGAAGGAAAUGCCUCUUUUCAUACGACACCAAUCAAGUUAAACUCCGGUUCAGACUUUCACAGGAAUUGCAAGUCCGCAGGAUGGGGAAGCCAGGAGGUACUGCCUCGAGGAACAGAGGACAUUUUACAAAAGAACUAUUCCAUUUCAAGCACGCUGCAAGAAAUAGAAGUGCCAUUGAACGUGACAUGGAGGCAUUGCCUGUUAUCUUCUAGAAUUAAGCAUGCAUAUUCCCCAGGCCAUUAUCACAAGGUAUUCUGCGGAGGUGAAAAAACAAACAACACUGAAAUGGCUCAAGGAGGCUGUAUUGGUGAUUCUGGAUCUCCCUUGGUUUGUGAAGGGAGCAACGGUGUAGCGUUGUUUGGUUUGAUGAUAGGUGGAGACAAACGCUGUAUUCCAGGAGGGAGCUAUAUGGGAUUUGCUGAUAUUGCAAAGCAUCACAUGUGGUUGAUUUCGUCAAUUAAGGGUUAAAAUUCAUGUCUUUCUCUAAUCUCCGAAGAAAUUUAAUUUAAAAGUAGGAGUAUUUGAACACGAGACAUAUUUCAACAAUGUUUUUAAAAUGAAUCUCGCUUAAUGAAAAUAUAUUUUAUUCA